CUUCACGCGGUUCUACUGAGCUUUACGCUCCAGUUUUAUUGGAAUGGCAGAAGAAACUUUUCUAAAUGCCUUCAUACAGAUAGACACUAAUAAUGACGGCAUUAUCACUCUCGCGGACUUGGAGGAAUACGCAAAACACGGAACAGUAUCGGCCGACUUUGUACCGCGGUGGAGGAAACUUUUUGAUCCAAAUAAUACAGGACAAAUCACAUACGAACAUUUUUGUGCAACCCUAGGGAUCAGCAAAAAGAAACGGAUGGAGGUUGCCGUAAAAAAAUCCCAAGUGGUUUUCUACCAAACCAAUAUGUCAGAAACGAUGAAAAAUGAAGCUCUGUUGAUAAUCAAACAGCAAUAUUGUGUUCAGAAUCCUGACUCAAGCAUGCCGCCCACUUUGGUACAACUAGAUGAAACACUUGGCCCACGAUGGUAUGGACGAGCCAUCUUGGAUUCAAGCGAUGAACACUUUCCCGGAUCCUAUCUGAGUUACAGCUGUGAUGGCGGCGCCAAUAAAUAUGUUGUGUACAAGAUAGUGGAGGAAAAGAAAAAGAAAGGUUGUUGUCCGUGUUGCUAAACACACUCAAGGGCUUCACCAAUUAACUCCAUUUUGCUACCAAAACUAAAGCAUGUACGGUGUACUGAAUAACAUCUAACUGAUUUUUGAUCCAGGAAUUAUCCAACCCACCCGUAUGAUAGACAUCCUUUUAAUGCCAGAUAAACUGACCGAUUUGUACAUAACUAAUAGCCAUCCAUCCAGUGUUAUCGAUGCUGAACAACGAAGAGCUACAAUGCAAUAACAACUGUUUUGUUUGCAUGUUCGAAUUAGUUCUCUGUGGUUUGUUAUGGAUUAACUUGAAUAAGGACGAGGUCAUCGGCUAAUAGCUGCAUGUGGGCGCUAUUUUAAAACGCGAUAGCGAAAACCAUUCGUCUAAGAGCUUUCCACGUACCAACCAUUAUUAACGGGUACGUGGUUGUGCAUUUAGCUGCCUGUUUCAAUAAAC